UACCGUGCUUCAUAUUAACACAAAGAAUGAUCAAUCGCGUUUCGAUGGAAGCAAAGUCCACUUUCAAGUUCGUCAUUCAUUUCGGGGCAAGAGGAUGACUCAUGACUUCCAGUUUAGGGGACUACAAUACAAUUUUGUGAGUGUGUGUGUGUGUGCCAGAGAGAGCGAGAUAGUAAGAUAAAUAUAGAGAAAGAGAGACAGAGAGAGAUCCACACGCAGUUUGACAGUAUGGGUUCUAAUAAUGUUUGUGUCCGUUUUUACUAGUGACGUCAAAGCAACGCAUCGUCCGCCACCCAGGUGAGGAUAAGCGGUGAGAAAGGAUGGAUGAUGGAAAUUAUCGAAAUGUACCACCAGGUGGCGUAAAACUGCACCUCGCCUUUCACUUGUGUCGUGCUGCUUGACGCGUAAUCAAGUCCUCAUUAAACAGACCUGACGCUAACCCCAUUGUUUGCUUUCGAAGAUUGUGUGUGUGUGUGUGUGUGUGUGUAUGUUUUAUCAGAUUUGGUCGCAAGUGAUUGAUGGACGCAUCCGAACCACAGCAGUGGUCUUGAUGACGUCACAUACACACGCCCCUUGCUGGCGCUCGCCUUCCAAGCCGGCCGGUUUCUACUAGAAUCCAAGUGGCCUUCCUCAAUGCUGACAGACGUAAUGUUCACAUAAACUCAGCCUGUUGUUUCUGUAACUAGCCUGGCGGCAGAAAAAAAAAACCUUCCCGUGUUACUUACCCCAGUGACAUGGAAGCUUUGCGUCAAGACGUGAAGGAUAAUCCGUCUUCAAAGGCUAAUCUUUUCUCCAAGCUUUUCUUCUGUUGGUUGAAUCCCUUGUUCAGGACUGGCUACAAGAGGAGGCUGGAAGAAAAUGACAUAUACGGGAUUCUUCCUGAGGAUGCUUCUGACAGACUUGGGGAGGAGUUAGAGUGGUACUGGAAGCAAGAAGUUAAGCAUGCGGCGAAAGAUCGACGCCAGCCUCAACUCACGAGAGUCCUCAUAAAGUGUUACUGGAGAUCCUACGCUAUCGCUGGAGCAUACGUCUUCAUACAGGAAGUCGUUAAAGUCAUUCAGUCAGUGUUACUCGGUACGCUCAUUGAGUACUUUGAGAGUGCUGAUGCCACAGGCCCAACGGCAGUCUACAAGGCCUACAGCUACGCGGCGGGUAUCUGCCUGUGCACCGUCUGGAUGGCCGUCCUCCACCAUCUCUAUUUCUACCAUGUCCAAAGAGCAGGCAUGAAAAUCCGUGUGGCCAUGUGUCACAUGAUCUACCGGAAGGCUCUCAGUCUUAACAACACGGCGCUGACUAAAACGACGACGGGACAAAUUGUCAAUCUGUUGUCCAAUGACGUCAACACAUUUGAUGAGGUAACCUUGUAUCUGCACUUUCUGUGGCUCACCCCCCUGCAAGCCGUAAUGGUGAUAAUAUUGUUGAUGUAUUGGAUCGGUCCAUCAUGCCUUGCCGGAAUGUCCGUCUUCUUGAUCCUGAUACCAGCGCAGACAAUGUUUGGAAGACUGUUUUCCAAACUGAGGGCUGACACUGCAGUCCUGACCGAUGACAGAAUACGAACGAUGAAUGAGGUCCUCUCUGGAAUUCGUGUGAUAAAGAUGUGCGGGUGGGAGAAACCCUUUGCUGCGCUUGUGGAUGAAAUCCGAAGAAUGGAAAUCUCCAAAGUAAUGAAAAGCUCCUACUUGCGCGGCUUGAACAUGGCAUCAUUCUUUGUGGCCAACAAGCUCAUCAUCUUCCUCACUGUUUGCGUCUACGUGCUGACGGGCAAGCAGUUGUCUUCCAGCACCAUCUUCAUGGCAAUUUCCCUCUAUAGCGCCGUCAAACUCACGAUCACGCUCUUCUUUCCCUUCGCCAUCGAGAAGGUCUCAGACUCCCUCAUCAGCAUUCAAAGAAUCCAAAAUUUUCUCCUUCUGGAUGAAGUUGCUCCGCAUCAUCUGGGACUCCCGGUGGAAGAGAAAAAAGACUGUAUGCUGAAGAUUCAGGAAUUGGUGUGCUCUUGGGACAAGACCCAAGAGGCUCCAACUUUAGAGAAUGUUUCCUUCACAGUUGGACCCGAUCAGCUGCUCGCUGUAAUCGGUCCUGUCGGCUCAGGGAAGUCUUCGCUCCUCAGCGCCAUCUUGGGAGAGCUGAGCCAGGAAAGUGGCGUGAUCAAGGUCCGAGGGGAUCUGACCUACACUUCCCAGCAGCCCUGGAUUUUACCCGGCACUAUCCGAAGCAACAUCCUUUUCGGCCGUGAGCUCGACCGCAUCAAGUAUGACCGAGUGUUGAGAGCCUGCGCCCUCAAGAGAGACAUGGAGCUAGUACCAGGUGGUGACUUGGCAUCCGUCGGGGACAGAGGGGCCAAUUUAAGUGGAGGACAGAAGUCGAGAAUCAGUUUGGCCAGAGCAGUGUACCAGGAUGCAGACAUCUACCUACUGGAUGACCCACUCAGCGCUGUGGAUGCUGAAGUUGGAAAGCACAUCUUUGAAGAGUGUAUUUGUGGACUUCUGAGGAACAAGCCACGUGUUCUCGUCACUCACCAGCUGCAAUAUCUGAAGGCUGCGCAUAAAAUUGUCGUCUUAAAGGAGGGUCAAAUGGUGGCCAAGGGGAGCUACAGAGAGUUGCAGAGCUCUGGACUUGAUUUCUCCUCACUCUUCAAGGAGGAGGACAGUCAGGAGGAAAGACCAAGCACGACCUCCAUCAAGUCCAUGUCAUCCAUGUCAUCCUUGUCCGCCUCCUGCUACUCGCUGAUGGAAGAGACGCUCACACUGGCAGCGCAACCCACGGAGGAGGAAAAGCGCAGGCAGGGAGACGUCAGCCUGCAAAUAUAUGUGAGAUAUUUCCGAGCGGGCGCUAACUUCCUGGUUCUCUUCCUCCUUAUUCUCCUCAACGCUCUUGCACACGUGGCGUUUGUGCUGCAGGACUGGUGGCUUGCUCAUUGGGCCGAACAGCAGCAGCAUGUUAAAGUAAAGCAGUCCCUCGAUGGCAGUCUCCCCACACAGCUGGACCUUGACCUGUACCUAAGUGUUUACGCAGGUUUAACAGGUGCAGCCGUGGUGUUUGGCUUCGUUCGCAGCUUGGUCUUUUUCAACGUCCUGGUGAGCUCGGCGCAGACCCUUCACAACUGCAUGUUUGACAGCAUCCUGAGGACCCCGGUGCAUUUUUUCCAAAUUAAUCCAAUUGGAAGAAUCCUCAACAGGUUUUCCAAAGACAUCGGCCACCUGGACUCUCUGCUGCCAUGGACGUUUGUGGACUUCACCCAGGUGUUCCUGCAAGUCCUAGGUGUGGUCAUAGUGUCCGCCAUCAUCAUGCCCUGGAUCCUCAUCCCGUUUGUUCCUCUCUUCGCCGCCUUCCUGUGGUUGCGACGUUACUACCUUCAGACUUCCAGGGACAUCAAGCGCUUGGAGGCGACCACAAGAAGUCCCGUCUUCUCCCACCUCUCAUCCUCCCUCCAAGGUCUCAGCACCAUCCGAGCAUUUAAGGUUCAGGAGAGGUUUCAGGAGAUGUUUGACAGCUAUCAAGAUCUUCACACAGAGGCCUGGUUCUUGUUCCUGACGACCUCUCGCUGGUUAGCCGUACGUCUCGAUGGGAUUUGCUCCAUUUUCAUCAUCUUUACUACCUUUGGCUGCCUUCACUUCGAUAUGGACCCUGGCACAGUUGGUCUGGCUCUGUCAUAUGCGGUGACAUUGACUGGCAUGUUCCAGUGGGGUGUCAGACAAAGUGCGGAAAUCGAGAAUAUGAUGACAUCCGUGGAGAGGGUGGUAGAAUACGCAGAGUUGAAAAGCGAAGCAGCCUGGGAGACAGACACAAUGCCGCCGAAUGAUUGGCCCAAGAGAGGCUCCAUCACGUUUGACUCAGUCAACUUUUCCUACAAUGCCAGUGAGCCUUUGGUCCUCAAGAACUUGAAUGUGGUCUUCCCAUCCAGAGAAAAGGUGGGCAUUGUGGGACGCACCGGUGCUGGUAAAAGCUCUCUGAUCUCAGCCUUGUUCCGCCUGGCAGAACCCGAGGGUAGGAUCACGAUUGAUGGCUUCCGCACAUCUGACAUUGGUCUGCACACCCUCCGCCAGAAAAUGUCCAUCAUUCCACAGGACCCAGUUCUCUUCACGGGCACCAUGAGGAAGAAUCUGGACCCUUUGAGCGAGCACACAGAUGAGGACCUGUGGAAUGCACUCCAAGAGAUGCAGAUGAAGGCAGUGGUGGAGGAACUGCCUCAUAAGCUGGAGACGCUGCUGACCGAGUCGGGCUCCAACUUCAGCAUGGGCCAGAGGCAGCUGCUGUGUUUGGCCAGAGCCAUCCUGAGCAAAAACCGCAUCCUUGUCAUGGACGAGGCGACAGCCAAUGUGGACCCAAGAACUGACAGCCUGAUCCAGCAGACCAUCCAGGGCAAGUUUCAAGAGUGUACUGUCCUCACCAUCGCUCACAGGCUCAACACCAUCAUCAACUGUGACAGAAUACUGGUCCUAGAUGCCGGUAAGAUCCAUGAAUAUGAUGAGCCUUACGUGCUGCUCCAGAAUCAGGAUGGGCUCUUCUACCAAAUGGUCCAACAGACAGGCCGAGCCGAGGCUGCCUCACUGCUGCACGCGGCAAAACAGGCAGCAUCGACGAAACACAUCCGAUCAAAAGUUGGACCUUCAAAACAAAAACAAGCACCACAUUCAAUAAACAAGCACAAAAUGCUGAGUGUGACUGCUAAAAGAGCCACCAUUGGGCGAAAGAAAGUAUGGUGAUGCUGCUAUUGUACUGGAAUGCUUUGAUUUUGAAGGCCUCAUUUCACAGCAAUGUUGCCUUAACAUGCCUUGGUACAUGCAUUGGGCAAAACAACUUCAGACCCCGGAAAAUGGCACCUAUGAAGAGGCACGCCUAUGAAGCACAGUUCAAACUUCAAUAUAUAUCAGUUACGCGGAGGACCAUGGCAAUCGAACAGCCGUGAGUGAGAGAAUUUACGAUAAAUGAAUCCAUGUUUUGCACGUGGAGGAAGCAGGAGAAUGAGUUUCAAGAAGACAAAGCUGAGUUUCAGAGGACCGAAUCAAGCAACGGAUUCACGGUCAAAGAACAGUCGGGAGAAGCAUCUCUACAGUCACCAUCGAACUGCAAAAACGCUUGCAGAUGAAAUGAAAAUCGAACAUUUUGAAGGAGGUCCAUCUUGGUGCUUUCGUUUCAUCAAACGGCGCCGACUAGCCAUCCGGGCAAAGACUUCCGUGGCGCAGCAAUUUACGACGGGCAACAAGGAAAAACUGGCCACCCUCCUCAUCCUCAAACCCGUAGGAUUGAAUAUUCUGCUCCCGUAGGGUUUGAGGAUGAGGAUUAAUCGAAAAAAAAUAAUGUGAAUACAUUCUUAAAUCCUUAAAUAAAGUACCACCGAACUCAGUUUUGCUCCAGUUGCUAGCGUGCAUGCAAGCUACAAUAUUUUUUAAAGCUAGCAUACAUUUUAUCAUGCAUGCGUCCAAUAAUGUGGUGCAUCUUGUGUAUGUAUUAAAUACAGAAAUAGCACCCAAAACUGACACUGUGCCUAUUAAUACGGUGCGCCGUAUACGCAUAAAAAUACGGUCAUGUAACAAUUUCUACACAAUAACCACAUUACAAUUUACGGUAUCAACACAAUUGUUUCUAUACGAAAAACAUAGUAUUAUGUGACGCUACCAGUGCAGGAUUUUCAACAUUUGAGCGGCUGCAUAAAUCACAAAAAUGUGAAUAUUUGACACCAGUGCAUUGGUAUUGCAUUCGAAGUGAUAGGAUUAUUAAACCCUACCAAACAGCUAACCCGGCACUCCACUGUCGCAAUAAUACAGUCAAUCCAAGAAUGAGGCGGCAAUGUAAGGACACUUGACUAUCAUUUUCUGUGAAAGUACUGCCGCCACCAGAACAUUAAUUUUAACAGAACUGGUCCCUUUGUAGAUUUGUCAUCCUCGGAUAUGAUCACAAAAAGUGUCCAUGUAAUCUUCCACCCGCUCCACGUAAUUUUGAGAUCAUUUUAAAGAUGAUUCCUGAAGAAAAAUUUUGUUUAACUUCAUGGUGAUUGGGGAUAAACUUUCUAUGGGGAUUACUGUAAUAGAGAAUGUCCAUAUUUUUCCCUGUGAAAUUCAUUUGUGAUGUAUUUCCCCCUCGGACACUGACGGGCGAUAAGAGCGGCGGGCUCGUCAUUGUUCAGCGCCAUUCUCUGCGCAUCUGUCUGGGGCCACAGAUAGCAUUGCAUUGCGACUUCAAACGGGCCUUUGUGCAAUGAGAAAAAGUGGGCAUCAUUUCAUUUUCUCACAACUUUAUCAGUUCCAGUACAUCUCGUCAGCCAGAGGAGUGAAAUGAGUAAAAUAGUGAUUUGAAAGAGUCAGCACACUGCGCUAUUAUUUGCUGUGCUGUUAGUCUGCACACUGCUCCACUGGCAGCGACGUAUUGUCCAAGCCUUUCCCUUUUCCUUUCCCGCAUUGUACGCCGCUUCCCCUUUCAUCAGAUUACUGUCUAGCACCACUUUUACAUUAAAUACUGAAAUGUUGUGUGACAAGUUUCUAUGGUUGUCACUCAAGUUUAUACACAUUCAAUAAUCUGAUAUCAACCUCUUUCUGCUUUGUGCACGUGAAGAGGCUCUCCCACCCCCUCUCUGGAUAUUGUGCCUUGCCGACUUCCUGUUUUUUUUUUUUCUUUCCAAACUUUCCACCGCUGGUGAAUGGCAUUGUGUUCUUACAAGAAUUUAAUAGAAAAGCACACAAAAAUGUCAGCGUUGGAUUACGUUCAUAGCUGGACCCUUUUUCUCGUGGUUCCAAGGACGCAACUGACUCCACAAAUAUGACAUUCAAUGCUAUAUUUGACCAACCUCUAAACCAUCAGGCUUUAUUCUGGCCUUCAACGCGUUUGCUAUCGUGGGUAAGACAAACAGCCAAAGUCAAGUAAAAUCCAACACUUGUGGACAUGCAAUGUGUUCUAAUUUCAAAACUGUUGUAGUGCAGCUGCCUCAUGCUUUCGCCACGAGUUAACUUCGUAAACAAAUACAGUGCAGCUCAGCCUGUGGCUGGAGGAUGUCGUAGCGAGAAAUCAGGUUUCAGCAGUACAUCAGACGCACAUGAAACUGUGUUUAUAUAGUUGUAUAGAUGUGUUUUCACAGACUGGUUUUUAAACAAAACUUAACCUAAUAACUUCAUGUCUACAAAAAUGUGUCGCAACUUUGGAACAGUAGGAAAAUGCGGGUCCCGGGGUAACGAGUUUAGAACCACUGUACUAGACCAUCAUACUGCCCCCAAAAUGAAGUGAUUUACCCUUUGAGUGAAGGAAGAUGCUUGUUACAUUUAAAAAUAUAUAUAUUAGCACCAUCAUAGGGGCAUAAUGUUAGCACGUUUAAAAACAAUACAUUGUUUCCUUAUGAUAUGUUUGAUUGACACACACACAAACGGAGGUGAAACCAGUCGGUAAAUAUAAAGUCAUAUUGAAGGAAAGGUAAUGUCAUCUUCCUUGCAGUCGUUCAGUUCCUGACUAUUUGUACCAAGAAUUCAAGGCUUGCUAGAUAAACAGUUCCAUACUAUCAGCAGGACUGAACGUUUUCCCAGUUAAAUAAGCCACUCUGGCAUGCUUGAGCGGCUGACAUAUCCCUUCAAGUCAGCGCUGACUG